CGCACCCCGCGCACCCCGCGGACGCCAAAUCGAGUGCGCUUCGACCUGACCCCAACCAUUGUCAUCGAUGGCGUCGCUCGGAACAGCAGCAGCAAUCACAAUAAUGGCAGUUACAGGGAGCGGGGGCCAGGAGGAGGGGGAGUGGGCCAGGAAGGCGAGGACUACGCCGCGCGCGAGAGCUUCGACGUCGACGACGAAGACCCCCUCAACCCCGGCAGCACGACGGCCUCGGGGCGACGGCGCAACCAGCGGCAGCAGCGCGUGCCGCUGCUCACCGACAUCGAGGCGCCGUCGGUAUCGGUGGCCAACAGCCCGUGGAGCGGCGACGGCGACGGCGAGCUGCACGCGUGGGCGGCGGCGGAGCGGGCGCGGCCCAAGAGCGGGCUGCGCAUGGCGUUCAUGAACAUGGCCAACAGCAUCAUCGGCGCGGGUAUCAUCGGGCAGCCGUACGCGUUCCGGCAGGCGGGCCUGCUGGCGGGCGUGGUGCUGCUGGUGGCGCUGACGGUGGUGGUCGACUGGACCAUCCGCCUCAUCGUCGUCAACAGCAAGCUCAGCGGCGCCACCAGCUUCCAGGGCACCGUCGAGAAGUGCUUCGGCCGCACCGGCCUCAUCGCCAUCUCGGUCGCCCAGUGGGCGUUUGCCUUUGGCGGCAUGGUCGCCUUCGGCGUCAUCGUCGGCGACUCCAUCCCCCACGUCCUCAUGGCCAUCUGGCCCGGCCUGCGGAGCAUGCCCGUCCUGGGCCUGCUAGCCGAUAGGAGGGCCGUUAUUGUGCUGUUUACGCUAAGCAUCAGCUACCCUCUAGCCCUGUACAGGGAUAUUGCCAAGUUGGCCAAGGCGAGUACCCUCGCCCUCGUCAGCAUGGGCAUCAUCGUUGUCACCGUCGUUGUCCAGGGCAUCCUGACGCCCAGCGAAGCAAGAGGGUCGCUCAAUACGUUCAACCUUCUGGUGAUCAACGGCGGCAUCUUCCAGGCCAUUGGUGUGAUUUCAUUUGCGUUUGUGUGCCACCACAACUCGCUCCUUAUCUACGGGUCCCUCGAGACGCCGACCAUCAACCGCUUCUCCAAGGUGACGCACUACUCGACGGCCAUCUCCAUGGUGGCGUGCCUGCUGAUGGCGCUGGCGGGGUUCCUGACGUUUGGCGACAAGACGCUGGGCAACGUGCUCAACAACUUUCCGGCCGACAACACCAUGGUCAACGUGGCGCGGCUCUGCUUUGGGCUCAACAUGCUGACGACGCUGCCGCUCGAGGCGUUUGUGUGCCGCGAGGUCAUGCUCAACUACUACUUCCCCGGCGAGCCCUUCAACAUGAACCUGCACCUCAUCUUCACCACCAGCCUGGUCGUCAGCGCCAUGACGCUCAGCCUCUUCACCUGCGACCUCGGCACCGUCUUCGAGCUCGUCGGCGCCACUAGCGCUGCCGCCAUGGCCUACAUCCUGCCCCCGCUCUGCUACAUCAAGCUGACGACGCGCUCGUGGAAGACGUACGUCGCCUGGGCCGUCGCCGCGUUUGGCACCGCCGUCAUGACCAUCAGCAUUCUGCAGGCGGUGGGCAAGAUGAUCCGAGGUGAGGGAGGUAUGGCACAGUGCAUGUAA